AUGGAGACAGACAAAGAACCCCGUCCUGAUGAGACGGAUUCUACACCAUUUGACCUCGACAUUGUCGAAGAGAGUAUAAACAUAGCCGACUCGCACAUAGAUCUUACUCCCACACCGCCUGCAGACCAAAGCGAAGAACAACCAAAGGACAAGGCCGCCAUGUUUUCCGCACAGGACGACCUUACUGCAGAUUGGGCCCAGUGGAUGCGCUGGGACGACAUUGAAGACACCAAGCCUUCGAUUUUCAAUAUACCGAAUAUACCUGGCUCGUCUCUCCCGCAGUCUGCCUUCACCUUCACUUCAGAUGAUGCCAUACUGCCUACUCAUACGCUAGCCCCAUCCAACGGCUCUCUCGGCCUCCCUGCCGUUAAGCAGCCUUCUGUCUCUACCAUCUUCCAAGAGCAGCCAACUAUUGAAACAAUACAGCCGGCACCACCAUCCGAUGCUUCCUCUCCUUUGGCCCCCUCCCCUACAUCGUCAGUCGGACGCAAGAGGAAGUCGUCUCACGAUGAUUCUCCAGUCAAUGACGUACCUCAACCCGCUGCUGCUGCUGCUGCUGCUGCUGAUAAGUCAGCUCCCUCUAAGAAGAGAUCGCACAAUAUAAUUGAAAAGAGAUAUCGUGCCAACCUCAACGACAAAAUUGCGGAGCUACGAGACAGCGUACCUAGCUUACGCUUGACCUAUAAACAGCGUCAUGGCGGAAACCUAAAGAAGUCGAACGAAGAUGACGAUAUCGACCUCACCUCUGGAAACAAACUCAACAAGGCGUCAAUCCUUUCCAAAGCUACAGAAUAUAUCAAACACCUGGAACUCAGGAACAGCCGUCUCGAGGAGGAAAAUCUUUCUUUAAAAAAUCGAUUUCGUGAACUUGAAAAGGCCCAGGGAAUAAACCUGGUUUCGUAUCCCGCCGUUACUGGGUCUGAGACUCCUUCGGGAGCUUGCACCGUAUCUACAAGUUCUGUUGUUACAUCUCCCGAUAUUUUUUCUCACUCGAGUGAUUUUUCCCCCGACUCACCACCGAACCCCUUAUUUCCUCCCGAAGGACUACUAAGGCCCCCUGAUGGAUUCAACCAACUUCGCCCUACAGGGCCUCAACCGCAUUAUGCCGACACUUUUCAAUACAACCAACCCCAAGAGUAUGACUGCGCACCGUUAGAAAACGCUAGUACUGCCACCGCUCCUAGUUCGGAAACGACCACUCGCAGUCGACGACAGUUCAUGGGCCUCCCCAACAAAUUUAUGCUUGGUACUCUUGCCGGUAUCAUGGUCAUGGGUGGCUUUGAGAGUCAUAGAUCUUCUGAUCCAGAGGAAAAGAAAGAACUUUUUGCGCUCCCCCUCCAGUUUCUCGGCAGCUUCUAUCGCCUGGCCCUCCAGAAAGUCUAUUUUAUCAGGGCUAAUUCCUGGCAGAUUCGUGCCUUAUCACAAUUCGCUCUUACCUCUCUUAUUCUGUUUGGGUGUGCAUUUUUCAUGUUUCUAUACCUUUUCAACUCAAGACCGAGAGUGUCUCGAGUUCCUCUUAAACCAUCCAGGACCCGAAACGUUUCAGCACAACAGCAGGUUUCGACCGGUUGCUCUUUCACAGAAUUUCGACAAGAUGCAUGGCUUACGAGCAUACAAACCGUUGGUGUUCCUCGUCAUAACUUUUUUCCUGAAUGGUUUGCCGUCACCUCCCGCUGUUUAGAAUACUGUGUGAGGUGCCUGCUCGGAUGGAAAUUAUAUUCCUUUGUUACUGGUAUCAGUGCGGAUGAUGAAAAAGGUCGAGUUAAAGCGUGGGAUAUUGCUCUUGAUGCCCAACUUACAGGAGGGGAUGCGGAAGUUAGCAAAAGCAGAUUGGUUUUAACCAUUUUUGCUGCCGGCACUCUCCCCCGUAGCCCUGCUCGCAUGAUGCUUAAGGCGUUCCAUUGCAGGGUACUUUUAUGGAGAAUUAGCUCUCCCGAUUCCUUGGCGUUCCGGGCUGCUAAUUACAUUGCUAAGGUACUUGCAAAUUACCAGUGGGAACUUGCUCAAAGUAUGCACCGAAGGGGGCCAAAAAGGGGUGAGGACCCAUUACCAAGCCACCUUGCCUUCCUCUUAUCGAUGGAUUGUGAUGAAGUUUUCACAGACACUAUCGUCCAACGUGCCAGUAAUAUGGUUUGGAAUCGACCGACACAGGAGGCAACAGACGGUGAAGAUGCAUUGCUAGAUGUUGUCGUCGAAGAUAGCGCCGUUCGUUCUCCACUCGACGUGCUUGCGGCAUGGUGGUCGAGCCGUGCAUUACAAGAGGCCUUGCUCAAAUCCCUAGAUUUAGUGUCGAUCGAGUCGCCAAUCGAGAAACGCAAAUCCUUCGAAAGAAGCCUGGAUAUAGCAUUGCAUUCUGCACCAAUCCCAUCGACAGCAUAUACCAGAGCAACCGUUGUGAAGGCCCUGUUUUUUGAAGAAGACAGAAUUAACAAUGUCAAUACUGUCCUCUCGACUCUGCCGGCUAAAAACUCCGAGAACUUUCGCUCCACUUGUGGUUUGACAAAUUUUCUUGAUUCCUCAAUCCCGCCAUCCGCACGAGACGAAAUCUUUAUUGGUGUGCGCUGUGCAAUGAUUGCUGCGAUAUUACGAGGCCAAGUAGGUAGGGGUGAAGACGAACCAGCAUCUUCUCCCUUCUCUCUUUCAAGUGCUAUCAAGCAGUUCAAUGCCGCUUCGGUCGAUGAAGUUGAGCUCACUCUUCUUGGGUUCGCUUCUCAUUAUUAUCUCCUCCACAUCACUGCCACCGAUGAAAGGCUACUACCUUGCUCUUCUCUUGCAUCAUCGAUGCAUUCGUCAGUAGUCCAACUAACGGAUGGCUCGGAGACUACGACAAGCUACCAGGAUGAGCAUGAUAUCCCUAUCCCUGAUCUUUCCCGAAUUGCUGCAGAUUUGAUAUUCUGGGUACGAAAUGCAUAUAACCCGAUCUCCUCAGGCCUUAAUGCCAAACUUAUGGAGAAGGUUGUGAUAGACUGCGUUGAGGUAUGUCGUAACGCAGGCGUCGACAUCGAUAUCAGAAAAAUCCAGCGUAUGAAGACUCAUCAGCGGACAUCAAGCGUUGGUCCCAGCCAUACUCCUGCCCGCUCUCCAGACUCCGAGGGUGUACCGAGUGGAGUAACCCCUGUUGGAGUCCAGGGUAGAAGGCCGAGCACCUUCAGCGACGAUACUGGGUAUGGCAGCAUCGACUCUGAAGAGAACAGAGCCAUACAAACUUUCUAG